GAAACCAUAUGCCUAGAUCAUUUAAAGCAUUCUGUACAAAAUAAGAGCAGGCUUCUGUAGCCCUAAAGUGAUUCAAUUUGUUAAGACAAUAAGUUGUGAAACGAUCGUGGUUCGACUAGUUUUAGGUUAUAGUUUCGGUACUCGAAUCGAUGUCUCAGCUUCAACGGUCUAGUAGCCCCGUAAUUAGAGGAUGAAAGUUCCUAGAUUAAUAAUGAAACAAAAAUAAUGACAAAUUUUCCCCUCACCCUUCUACUGCUCGCGAUCCCGCGCAAAUCAGGGUCGUCCAAACUCUGUCACCGGCGGCAUCAAGGGCACCCGCAUCCCAGUCACCCAGUAAGCAUCAAGGUUCAGCCAAAGCAUUCUGCCGUGAAGAAACGAGGCCUGGCGAGACGGUAAUAUCGCAGGAAAAAGACAACGAGAAGCUCGUGCGUAAAUAGCAUAGAUUUUGAAAGAAACACGAACCAUUGCACGCGGUGUGAAACAAUCGAUUCGACGGAGCAAUUAUUCGAGCAGACUCGCAAGCUGGUACCUCGUCGUAAGAGCUCGCCGCAUAACCUAUAACCUAUAAAUUUGUUUUUGCUCGAAAUCGGCGAUUCGGACGAUUAAUCGAGAAGUCGGAACAGGGCCGGUCGGCCGGCCGACUGUUAAAGUCGAAAGGAAACAACGAACAGAGUUAAACGAUUCCUCGUCGCGAUGAGUUCGCAGCAAAGUCCGGCUGCGUUGCAGUCGACGGUGGAUCGCGAGAAAGUGUACACCUGGAUAAUCGAAUUAUCGAACCCCGAGACGAGGGAGAACGCGUUGUUGGAGCUGAGCAAGAAACGCGAAGUGGUGCCCGAUUUGGCGCCAAUGCUUUGGCAUUCGUUCGGUACGAGUGCGUCGUUGCUUCAGGAAAUAAUAAACAUUUACCCGGCCAUUAAUCCAGCUACUCUCACUGCGUACCAGAGCAACCGAGUGUGCAACGCGUUGGCUCUAUUACAAUGCGUAGCAAGCCAUCCGGAAACUAGAUCUGCCUUUCUACAGGCUCACGUGCCCUUGUUCUUGUACCCGUUCCUGCAUACGGUCAGCAAGACUCGCCCGUUCGAGUACCUGAGGCUAACCAGCCUGGGAGUGAUAGGAGCGCUGGUGAAAACCGACGAACAAGAGGUGAUAACGUUCCUGCUCACCACAGAGAUCAUUCCACUAUGCCUGAGAAUAAUGGAGAGCGGUUCCGAGCUGAGCAAGACAGUAGCCACUUUCAUAUUGCAAAAGAUUUUGCUGGAUGACAGUGGUCUGUCGUACAUAUGCCAGACGUACGACAGAUUCAGUCACGUGGCAAUGAUAUUAGGGAAAAUGGUACUGUCUUUGGCCAAGGAUCCUUCCGCUAGACUAUUGAAGCACGUGGUCAGGUGUUAUCUACGAUUGUCGGACAAUCCACGAGCGUUAUUGGCGCUGAGGCAAUGCUUGCCCGAUCAACUCAGGGACAAUACGUUCGCGACGUGCUUGCAAGAGGACGCGUCGACGAAGCACUGGUUGAAUCAGCUGUUGAAGAACUUGGAAGCCGGACCGCAACCCGGACCACCUGCUCAGCCCGGUCAGCAAGAUCCAAGAACGAUCGGCAUGUCGCCGCUCGCCUCUUAAGCUGCACGUUUUAAGGCCGCGAAGGAUGGUGCCCAGCAUAUAUCGAACACUCGUUGAGGAUCAGGGUCGUGGGGCCACGGAAAAAGUACAGAAAGUGGCGCGUCUCGGUGAGACGAGGCGUCGGAGCCGCGCUGUAGGUGCUCGCGAUCCUUGAAAUUCCGUGGUUCAAUCCGUGGUUUCUCAGGGACAGAGUGUGAGUGGGAGAAGGACAAAGACGUCUGCUGGAUGGAACGAACGAUCAACGAGAAACGUUUACGCAAAAACUGUGUUAUCUAUCUUCCUUUGAUCUUUAGAUUAUAUAAUGUUCUCUUUCUGUUCGUUGCCCGAACGCGUUUACUCGAACGCGUUUUCUACGUAUGCAUGUGACGAUCAUGUAAGGGUUGGAAUUUGAAAAUACAUAU